GUGCCCUCUUUCGAUGUCGAUGUGUUCUCCGAUAUAUCUUCCGAUGGCAUAAACGAUACAAACGAGUGGAAAAAAAAAGUACACUAUAAAACAUCACGCGAUAAGAGUGUCCAAAACCGAUCCGGCCAAAAAACUAAUAAACAGCAGAAAAUUCCGAAGGAUAACAAUAAUAAAUCCGUUUUAGACCCAAAGGUUAUCCCGUUUAUUCCAUCUAAUCCAUCAUUAAACGUAGCAUCGUCGAACAUGGAAAAAAAUGAAAAAAAUGAAGAAAUAUCUUCUCACAACGCCCUAAAUGAUGCCGAAGGUUUUCAAACUGUUGUCUCAAGAAAGAAAAAGCGUAACUUCAUUCGAGAAGUGGAAAUUCUAAAAAUAAAUUGUAUCUGCCUUUGUGAACAUUGGUUGAACCAUAUCGAAAUCGAUAAUAUUCAUGUGCCCGAUUUCAACACGGCAGCAUUUUUUGCGCGGUCUUCAAAGAAGCAUGGAGGAGUCAUGCAGCUGAUGCACCAAAGUAUCCCCUUCAAGAUUCUGUCUGAUAAGGUAUCAGCACUUUCUGCUGAGGUGGAUUGCGAAUUAUGCGGCGUACUUAUCACUAAGUUAGAUUUAAUUUUAAUAACGGUUUAUCGCUCGCCAAAAGGCGAUUUUCAUAAAUUUAUUGAUACUAUAGUCAUUCUUCUUAAUGAAAUUCAUUGCAAAUCUAAAUACGUCAUAGUGGGUGGAGAUUUUAACUUAUUAUUUGGCACUAAUGAUGCAAAAGCCAAUUAUUUUUGUAAUCUUUUGUCUAGCUACGGCUUAUAUUCUACUGUCAGAUUUAAAACGCGUUAUAACAACACACUUGAUAAUGUGUUUACUAAUAUUAAUUCAGAUAUGAUAAAUAUAACACCUGCUAAACUUUAUCAGUCGGACCAUACUGGAAUAUGUGUAAAUGUUACUCUAAAGGAAGCUGUAUUCGAUAACUCAUUUAUCCCUAAAUAUGUAAGGCCCAUCUCACAGUUUGGGAAAAUCAUGUUUUUUAAUUUAUUACAACAAGUUGAUUGGAGUUUCAUUGAUCAAAAUUGCGACUUUAAUGCGUCUGAUUUGUUCUCGAUCUUUAUAGAUACGCUACUAUUGUAUUAUAAUAUCGCCUGUCCUGAGAAGAAACUAUCGUGUAACAGAUCCAAGGUCCAUAAUAUAAUUUGGUAUACCCCUGAUUUAAAAAUCAUGCGAGAAACUCUGCAUCUAAUAUAUAGUUCUUACAGAUUAUAUGGGACUUUGGGUUUGAAAAUAAUAUAUAAUAACUUUAAGCGUAAAUAUGAAGAAGCUGUUAAAAAAGCUAAAAUUGCAGCUAAUAAUGUCUUUAUUAAAAACAAUUCUAAUAAUUCUAAAGCUAUGUGGUCAUUAAUAAACAGAAGUAGAAAACGUACUAUUCAUGAAACUACAAAAAUUUCCUCUAACGAAUUCAAUUUACAUUUCUCGAGCAUUGCUAAAAAUAUUCUUAAUUCCUUACCAAAUACUAAUCUUGAUCCUGUUAAAAUUAUGAUAUCUGUUAAUAACACGUCACAUAUGUUCUUUAAAUUCAGGACAGUUAGUGAGGUACAACCAGAUGCCACUAGAUUAAUUUCAUCGUAUCUUUUGAAUCGAUUGCAAGUAGUCUCUGUUGAUGGUAUAGUCUCCGAUAAAGAACAAAUCGCGUAUGGUGUACCUCAGGGGUCCAUCUUAGGGCCUCUACUUUUCUUAAUUUAUGUGAACGAUCUGCCAUACUAUUUCCCUGAUUUUUUUACGAUAUUGUACGCGGACGAUACUACUUUUAGUAAAAAGGCAAUGUCAUCUUCAUUAGUAAUAAGUACUCUUAUGAAUAUAUCUUCGCAAGCGGAACCUUGGUUUUUCGCCAACAAACUUUGCGUAAAUAAGAACAAAUCAGUUCAGAUG